UAAAAAAAAAAGAAAAAGUGAAGUAGUUAAUGUCCGAAAUUAACUCCAUUCUAUUAUUUCUUCAUGUAAUGAGUGGCAUACCUUACGUACGAGGAUAGGUAAGAGAGAGUUCCGUUUUUUAAUGCGUAUUUUUCUAAGGGAAAAAGGAAAGGAAUACACCAAAAGAAUCGGGAGGACAGGUUUUUGUUUGUUUUUUGUAGUGUUUGUUGAGUUGGCCAAGAUUUUGGUUUAUCUCCUCCUCGCCUUCUCAACUUAUGAACGCUUCAACUGCAUAAUUUCUCGGCCACCUAAACAUUCCCUCUCAUAUCACUUUUUUCUCCCUUGUCUUUUGGUAACCCAUCCAUCCAUCAAAACAAAAGAAAAGCUCUUUCGGUCUCUUCAUUUCAUCUUCUUGUACGUGUCUUGGUUUUACGCUUUUGGGUUUCUUUCUUCUUCUUAAUGAACUGAUGGUGAUGGCGUGGAGGUGCUGGGAUUUGUGUGUGUGAUCAGGAGGAAGAGGGUGUUUUGUCCUCAGGUGGUGAAGAUCUGAGGCUUUUGCUUCUCUUUUAAAGAUAUUUUAAGAUUUUCCAUAAUCAAUCAAAAAAGAAAGAGAAAUGAGUGCAUCAAGGUUUAUAAAGUGUGUGACGGUAGGAGACGGAGCUGUUGGUAAAACUUGUCUCUUGAUUUCAUACACCAGCAACACCUUCCCUACGGAUUAUGUGCCAACGGUUUUUGACAAUUUCAGUGCAAAUGUGGUCGUCAAUGGUGCUACUGUUAACCUGGGGUUGUGGGAUACAGCUGGGCAAGAGGAUUAUAAUAGAUUAAGACCAUUGAGUUAUCGUGGGGCAGAUGUUUUCAUACUGGCAUUCUCUCUCAUUAGCAAGGCCAGUUACGAAAAUGUUUCUAAGAAGUGGAUUCCAGAGUUGAAGCAUUAUGCACCUGGUGUCCCAAUAGUUCUUGUUGGAACAAAACUUGAUCUUCGGGAUGAUAAGCAGUUCUUCAUCGACCACCCCGGUGCUGUGCCUAUUACUACAGCUCAGGGAGAGGAGCUGAGGAAGCUGAUUGGUGCACCUGCUUAUAUUGAAUGCAGUUCAAAAACGCAGCAGAAUGUGAAGGCAGUUUUCGACGCAGCCAUCAGAGUCGUCCUUCAACCUCCCAAGCAAAAGAAAAAGAAGAGCAAAGCACAAAAGGCCUGUUCUAUAUUGUGAUUGUAAUAGGUGUGAAGAGCCUCUGUGCUACCCAUGUUCCUUUCCCCACUUCCAUUGCUCUCUGUCUGAUAAGCUUAAUUUAUUGUCUUUCCUGACAGUAAUUAGGAUCUAUGAAGCAUCAGGUGGUUUGGUAUUGGUUUUUUGGAUUAUUAUGAAUCUCUAAUUGUUGAAUUGAAUUACAUGACGGCGCACCUCCUGUUCUUUA